AUGGCUGAAUCAGCAAGACAUCAUGACGACAGCGAUCACGAAGAGUUCCUCGAUCCCGAUGAGGUUGACGAGGAGCAGGUCCUUGAAGACGAUGGUGAUAUGAUGGAGGAGGACGAAGAUGAGAACGGCGAAGAGGCCCAGGAAUACGAUGCAGACGGAAACCCUAUCGAUGACGACGACAUGAUGGAGCUCCAGGACGACUCUGUCCAAGGAUUCUUCACCCACAAAGAGCCAGUUUACGAUGUGGCAUUACAUCCCGUCCACCAGAACAUUGCAGUCAGUGGAGGAGGAGACGACAAGAGCUAUCUCUGGCGGUUGUACGACGGCGAGCAGCUUUACGAGUUUGGAGGACAUUCCGAUUCGGUCACCCAGGUUGCCUUCAGUGUCGACGGAACCUAUGUUGCCAGUGGAUCCAUGGACGGAAAGGUCCGUGUCUGGAAGAGCGAAACUGGAGAGUUUGUCUGUGAACUCGAGGGUCCCGAUGAGGUCGUCUGGAUCAACUGGCACCCCAAGGGAAACAUCAUCUUGGCAGGAGCAACAGAUUCAUCAGUGUGGAUGUGGGCUGUCCCCUCGGGAGCAUUCAUGAACGUCUUCAACGGUCACUCGGGACCCGUCACCAGCGGCAUGUUCACCCCCGAUGGCAAGAAGAUCGUCACCGUCUCUGAGGACGCAUCCUUGAUCGUCUGGGACCCCAAGACCGCGUCUGCCGUGCACCGUAUCACCUCUGAUGACGCUCGUUUCCAUAGCGACGUUAUUACCUGCCUCGCCAUCAACAAGGACUCCUCACUUGCUAUGACCGGAUCUGCGGAUGGAACCGCAAAACUCAUCAACAUCCACAGCGGAAACAUUCUCGGAUCGUUCGAGAACCACACAGACGCCGUCGAGACAGUGACCUUCUCAGACCACCUGAACUUGGCCGCCACAGGAUCGUUGGACGGACGGUUGAACGUCUGGGACGUCCAGACCAUGCAACUCCGUACCACCUGCGAACACAAAGGCCCCAUCAUCAAGGCCCAAUGGCACAAGACCCAGCCCUUGAUCACCACUUGCUCUGCCGACCGGUCGGUCCAGGUCUGGGACGGUAGGACUGGUCAGAACUUGAAGAUCUGGUUGGGUCACCAGGAUGCUGUGUUGAGUUUUGCCAUGACCGACGAUGGUCUUACUUGUGUCACUGGAUCCGAUGAUGGCUGUGCUUUGGUCUUCAGAAUGGUCGACAACUAA